GGCGUUUCCAUGGCCCGCCCGCGCUCCCCGCGCUAUUGAGCCGCGAUCUCAUGGCUGGAAUUCCGUGGACGCAGCUGCUGCAUCAGCGCCCGCCUGGCGAAUUCUGCUGCUCUGGUCAGAAGCAACCCCAUAAAUAGCGGGGCCGCCCGCGCCGCCCGGCACAGCGGAACCACACGGACAGCCCCUCGUUGGCGUGGCGUGUUCCAAUGUUGGAGCAGAGUUUCAUGGAUGUUCCUGGAGAGUGAAGAGGGGGCUCUCACUGCCAUCCCCUCCCUGGCUGAGGCAGCACAGCAGCUCCAGCUGCCGGGUUUGGUGUCCCCUGGGAUGCUGGAGCAAGGGAGAGGUGUCAGGUUUAUGUUGUGGGGAAAGAUGUCAGCAGCUGGAAGCUGAGAAAUUCCUGCUGGGAACAAAGGUGGGGCUGUGAGAUGGGAGCUCAGUGGCAACUGGGUGAGCUGCCCUGGGCAGAGGGCUCUGUGUCCCUUGGGAUGUGGCUCAGUCCAGUCCUUUGGGUGCCUGGGUGAGGAUUUGGGACCUGUGUGCAGGAGGGAGAGGAGGAUGGAUAACAGAGCUUGGACAUCCCUGGGGAUUUAUGCACUGGGGUCUGUGCUAACCCCUGCUGCCUGUUCUGUGCCAGCUUCAUCCUCUGUGUUUCAUUAUCAGCUGUAAAUCCUGGUCCCUCCGCCUUAACCUCCUGCAAUUUGGGUUUUCCAGGCACAAUGACUGAGCAGCAAAGUCCCCCCGAGCAGAUGGCGACUGGGGAGGGUGCUGGCGAGCGAGGUGGCACCUACAAGAUUACAAUCUACGAGCUGGAGAAUUUCCAGGGGAAAAGAUGUGAGCUGACAGAGGAGCUGCCCAACAUCACCGAGAAGGAGAUGGAGAAGGUGGGCUCCAUCCAGGUGGAGUCUGGCCCGUGGCUGGGCUUCGAGCGCCAGGCCUAUGCUGGGGAGCAGUUCGUGCUGGAGAAGGGCGACUACCCCCGCUGGGACUCGUGGUCCAACAGCCACAGCAGCGACAGCCUGAUGUCCAUCCGGCCCCUCCAGAUUGACAGCGCUGACCACAAGAUCCACCUGUUUGAGAACGCGGGCUACACCGGGCGCAAGAUGGAGAUCGUGGAUGACGAUGUGCCCAGCCUGUGGGCCCACGGCUUCCAGGACCGGGUGGCCAGCGUCAAGGCCCUGAAUGGAACGUGGGUGGGCUACGAGUACCCCGGGUACCGGGGCCGCCAGCACGUCUUUGAGAAGGGCGAGUACCGGCACUGGAACGAGUGGGACGCCAACCAGCCCCUGAUCCAGUCCGUGCGCCGCGUGCGGGACCAGCAGUGGCACCAGCGGGGCUCCUUCGAGAACAGCUGAGGGGGCCCGAGCCCGCCGGGGCCGCUCCAGGGCUCCCCCCGCUGCUGCUGCCGUGACCGUGGUGUUCUCUUUGUGCAAAAACCUCAAUAAAGCUCUGAGCUGGA